CGACUCUGAUUGUUGAGUCUAUUCAUCACUCAGUUAAGUCAGUUCAUCACUCAUCGCUCAAUUUCUCGUAGCUACCUAACCUCUACGGAAGAUUUUUUUUUCUUAAACGCCCUCCUCAAUGGUGAAAAUAUUUAUUUUGACAACAAGAUGGCCGAUAUCAUGUUUCUUAUUUAAAUUUAAAUAAAAAUUACAAGUUUAAUUUAUAUACAUACAGUAUACCUUUGAGUUGUUAUUACUACACUUUUUUUUUUAACAUAAUUUUAAAAUGGACGAUGCAAUUGAAAUUUUUCAACUCGAUGAAAAAGAAACAGUUAUUGAUCUUAUAUACAGCAAUUUUCAGACAGAGGAACUUAAUGGUUUAACUAUUAAGCAACUUCAAGUACUUUAUAGUCGACUGAGAGAAGGGAAUUUAUCUUUAUCUCAGAUUGAAGCUUCUACUAACUAUGUGUGUGCUUUUCCUUCACUUUGUGAUAAAGAAGAACUUUUAGAUGUAUUAAAAGAAAUGGAUCGAAGGUAUUAUCUUGCUCGUGACUUACAAUGGGAGUUUGCUAUGCUUGAUCGUCAACGGAAAGGUGCAAUACCGAAGUCUGAUGUCUUGUUUCUUUUUAAGAUGGUUCAUGGGGAGUUUUUUUCUAUGCAUAAAUUUGAUCUAUUUAUAAAGAAUCGGCCAGUGCCAAAUUCAGAUAUAACCUUUGAAGAGAUUGAGGUUGAUUUAUGCAAUAUACCCACAAAUGAUUGGCUAGAGGAGUUUCUCAUUGCUGAUGAUAAGCAUCUGAAAGAUUCUGAUGCACUUCAAGUGGAUGCUAUGCUUAAACAAAAAGAAGAGGAAGAUCUGAAAAGACAAGAAGCAGAUGCAGAAUUGCAAUUUAAAAGACGUAUGGAACAGCUUGAAAAGAAAAAACUAGAGGAAGCGGAAGCUGAAAAAAUAAGGCAGGCAGAGGUAGAAAAACAAAGGGAACUUGAGGAGAAACUAAACAAAGAAAAAGAACUUGAAGAAGAAAACAUUCGAAUUGAACAGCUAAGGAAAAAGCAGGAGUUAGAACAGGAAAAAGCCAGAAAAGAAGAAGAACUCAGAAAGAAAUUGGAAGAACAAGCCAAAGAAAUAGAAAGGAAUGCUAUCUUGGCUGCAGAAGCUGAAGAACUUGCUAAAAAGGAAGCUCAUGAGGCAGAAAUACGAAUUAAAAAUGCUUCAACAGAAGAUGAUCUUAACCAUGCAAAGUUAGAAAAAGAGAAGGCAGCUAAAGAAAUUUUAGAAAACAAGGAAAAGCGUUUAAGAUUGUCAUUAAAUGCUGCUAUAAAGACGCGCAAACGAUAUAAGAUAGAUGCUACAGUUAUAGAAGCUAAGGAAGCACAAAUUCCAGCUUUAAAACCAGACAUUCAGAUAGCGGAAGAAACAUCAAACUCCAUAAAAUGUGGGGAGAAUCUUGAAGAUGCCAUGAUUAGACGGAAUUUAAACGACAUUGAAAAUUGUGUAAAAACAAUCCAGACUUCUGGCUUUGAAGAAGAUCACGUUGAACAAAUUAAAGCUGCAGAUGAAUUAGUAGAAAAGCUCAAAAAGCUUGAAAAGAUUAAAAAAGAUAUUUUAGCUUUAGAUCAGCGAACUAUAUCAGAGAUAAGAAGUUACAAAACACCAAUACCAGCUAUACAUGAAAUUAUGAUUGCUGUUUACAUUUUACUUGGUUAUAAAGAGCAAGAACUUCAAUCUUGGAAGUUCAUUCAAGGUCUUCUUGGUAGAACAGGAAAGGAAAGUCUAAAAAGAAUGGUUACUACUUUAGAAGCCUCCAAGGUAAACAUGGAUUUGGCUAAUUUGGCACAUAAGAAGUACAUCUCUAAGCAUGACCUUAUAUCAAUAACUGACAUCAGUGCUGGAGCUGGUACAUUUUUUGUUUGGACUUCAGCUAUGAUAGAAGAGGCUCGAAGUUGGAAUGAAGAUAGUGCUUUUCGUAAACGAGUUGAAGAUAAGAGAAAUGAAGAACUUGAAGAGGCUAAAAAAUUGCAAGAAGAAAAGGCAUUAAAAAAGUCAAACAAUAAGCCUGACAGUAAAGAUCCUGCAGCAAAACCUGUCAGCAAGUCACCUGCUAAAAAAUUAUCUCCAGAUUCAAAAAAUAUGUUGAGUCCAAAAAGCCCAACAGCUAAAGGACGUUCUACUCCAAGUCAGCACAAAAAAUGAAGAAAAAAAUACAAGUUUAUUUAUUUUAAAUAUCAAAUAAGCGAAUGCAACACUUUGGUGGGACGACUUUUAUGUUCGAAUCUAACUAAUUUUAAAUUCUCCAGUGCAAUGAACCGAUUAAGUAUAUCGAGCAACCCGACAUCUUACUCUCUGCAUAAGUUGUGAGUAAUUGAUAUUAAAUUGUUUUGAACUAUCGAUAUACGUGCUCAUCACAAUUGAUAAUUGAACUUUUUUUUUUAAUGAAUCAAACUCGAAGCAACACUAAACUGGGUUUUAAUAAAAGCCUUAUAUAUCAUUUUUAUAAAAAGUUCUUUUUGUUGGUGUUUAUUUGUAGAUAAUUACAGAUUUAUUAAAUUAUUUGUACAUAAUGAAAUAAAGAUUUAUAAUAAGUCUAAUAAAACAUUGA